GGUUCUGGUUCUGGUUUGGCUCAUUUAUGGGACUAUUUCUCAGUGGAAGGAUGAACGCAGCGGUUUUAAUUCUGGUUCUGGUUCUGGGCUCCUGGACCGGGAAUAUUCUCUCAGUGUCCGGGUCGGACUGGGUCACCGCCUGGUACGACGAGACCAUCACGGUUCCGUGUCUCGGAGCGGCUGACGGAACCCGGAACAUCGUGUUCAUCAAGUGGAAAUACGAGAAGGACGACGGUUCAGCGGCCGACCUGCUGGUCAAACAGAUCCGGAGCAACAAGCAGACCAUCCAGGCCACGGACGGCUACGCCACGCGGGUCGGCCUGGACGCUAGCUACAGCCUGCUAAUCUCCAGGGCGACGCUCCGGGACCAGAAGACGUUCACCUGCAUGGUGGUGUCGGCGGUGAACAUCAGGGAGUUCCCGGUGCAGGUCUACGUCCACAAGAAACCGUCCGUUGAGAUUCUGGACAAGGCCGACUUUCUGCUGAAGGACAAGCUAACGACAGUAGGAACCUGCGUAGCGUCCGACUCCAACCCUCCCGCUAACGUCACCUGGUGGAAGGACGGGAGUCUGCUGGAGCAUGAUGGGAAAGGCGUGUCCGUCACCCCCAGCCUGCAGCUGAACCCGUCCACCGGUCUGUCCACCACCUCCUCCGUCCUCCGGUUCUCGUCCUCCCGGGCCGACGCCGGCGCCGUCUUCAGCUGCGUCUCCGAGUUCCUGGAAACCCGGGAGGAAGUGACGCUGGACGCACUUCCUGUCCACUAUCCAUCGGAGAACGUCACCCUGCAGGUCCUGACCCGCCCCCCCAUCGUUGAGGGCAUCAACGUCACCCUGAGGUGUCACGGAGACGGAAACCCCCCCCCCACCUCCUUCCUGUUCACCUUCCAGGGCCGGAAGACUCUGGUGGAGAACCGGGACUCCCUCACGCUGCCGUCCGUCCGCCGGGACGACGCCGGCCAGUACGGCUGCUCUCUGCCGGGGGACGAGGGACUGCAGGACUCCCAGACCGUCCACGACCGGGACCUGGACCGGGAUCUCAGUCCCCCCGGGUUGGUCCUGAAGCUGCUGGGCCAGAACCUGACGUUGAGGGUCCAGAAGAACAGCUCAGAGGAGACUGCAGUCCGGUGGACUAAGGACGGGGAUCCGCUGCAGCAGCUUGAGCUAACAAACCUGAGCUACGACGACGCAGGACGCUACACGGUUGAGGGUUCGGUUCCCGGCGUCCGACGCCAACAGAGCUUCCAGCUGCUGGUGGAAGGACCUCCCGUGAUCUCCCGUCUGACCCGAGACCAGGAUCCGGAUCAGCCGACUCUCAAGACCGUGAUCUGUGAGGCCGAGGCCGACCCAGAACCCCGGUUCACGUGGAGCCUCAACACCACGGUGGUGAGUCUGGAUCAGGGUCUGAGUCUCAUCAGGGGUCUGAUUCUGGAUCAGGGUCUGAGUCUCAUCAGGGUCUGA